AAUUGAACCAACCUCAAAUAAAAAAAAAACCAAAUUUUAUCCUCGUGUGAUUUAGUUAAACGGCACAGCUACAAAACCCUAAUCUCAGUUUCGAUCUUUUAUAGAAUCUGAGUUGAAGAGGUGGAAGAGAUGAAGAGAGGAAGGAGGAAUGUGAAACAAGCGGCGUCAGAGCAGGAGUUCACGCUUGAGGAAUGUCAGAGCAUCGCUCAGGUCGUCUCUCUCAGAGGUUCCAAUCAAAUUGAGAUAAUGGAUGCAAAAGGAGACAAGUCAUUAGCACUGUUUCCAGCCAAGUUUCGUGAGAGCAUGUGGAUCAGACGAGGAAGCUUUGUGGUGAUUGACCAUACAGGAAAGCAAAAGGCGCAAGAAGCUGGUUGCAAAGUUACAUCUAUUGUCUGUAAAGUUCUCUUCUUUGACCAAAUCCGUCUCCUUCAAAACUCUCCGGAAUGGCCACAAAUCUUCAGGGAUGAUGCUAAGCCAUUUCAAAGCUCUCAAAUUCCCGUGGUAAAUCACGGUGAAAUAGGUUCGAGUGAUGAUGGGAUGCCUCCACUGGAAGCAAACACAAACAGGUUGAGACCGUUUGGGGUGCAGUGUGAUGCAGAAACAGAUUCUGACUCAUAGAAACAUCCGCCGGUACAUGCUUUUCUCUUGUUUCUCAAGAGAGGGAACACUAAUAGUUGUGACAUGUCUCCUCUCUUAUUAUUAAACACUAUGUAACCGACACAGAGCUGCUUCAAAAUGCAGAGUUUUGAUUUUGCAAUGAAUUGUUUAUUGAUCAAAAAAAAAACCAAAUUUUAUUAUGAUUAAUUAAUCACCACGGUAAAGCCAUCCAUGUUUUGCUGUAUUUUCUUAAAGAACUAAAAAAAAAAAAAACUCUUG